AGUAUAAGACCCCGUCGGCACACAUUUUCCACACGAUUCUGUUAUUUGCUUGUGUAAUAAACGGAUGCGGUGUCAACUCGUAAAAAUGCAAUACCACCCCAAAUCGAAUAAACUUUGAUAUCGCCCAAAUACUCGGAUGUGGUACGGAUUCAGACAGUAGCGUAUAACGCUGCCGACUAGUUGGUCAAGUUGUUAAGUUCCUCCACCUCCGUCGGCCUUUCUGAGAGCAUCCCGCGCAAUCCCAACUCUGGGCAUGAUUUCAGCGCGCCAGUGCGGCAUUUGAAUUGCAGAGCGCAGAGCGCACGAGUCGAGUCGAGUCACCAGCAGGUGCCCAGGAUCGAGACCAGGACAGCAGCAAAAGCACGAGGAGUCGCAGGAGUUGCGCGAGUUCCACAGGCAUAACCUUAAAAGGCACGUGCAUCGCGCGUAGAAGAGUUCUCUGCGUGCCACCACACAGCUAAAAGCCAGCCAAUCGGUGGUUACUCUCCUAAAAAAAAAACAAACACGCAGUACGAAAUUCACGAAGACGAAGACAUGGCCACCCUCCUCAGCAACGGCCAGCAGUCGGUGAUGGCCACCACCAGUAAUGGUCAGGAGCAGCAACAGAAACAGCGCCAGCACCAGCAGGACGAACUCGAGCAGCAGCAGGAACAGCAGCAGCAGGUCGAGAUCAGGAAGUCAAGCUCACCGAAACCCGGAGCCAUGCCCAGCUUAAAGCUGAACAGGAUGGGUUCGGUGUCACCGAAAGAUAAACGAGUCUACAAAAUCGUCCUCACUGGCGGGCCCUGCGGCGGAAAGACGACGGGACAGUCCCGCUUGUGCACCUUCUUCGAGAACCUUGGAUGGAAGGUAUUCCGCGUGCCUGAAACGGCCACUGUUUUACUCAGUGGCGGUGUGAAGUUCUCCGAUCUGACCGAGAAAGAGGACCCGCCCACGCCAACCACGUUCGUUUACAAAGAUCUGCCCUUCGCCGCUCCGGAGCACAGCCUCAUCGACCUAACCGCAUCCUGUCCGCGCUGCUUGGCCAAGGCUGCAUCCCGGCCCAAUGGCAGCGAAGCCUACAAGUUCCAGGAGAAUCUGAUCCGCACCAUGGUGCAAAUUGAGAACACCUACUUUGAGCUCGGCAACUCGAGCAACCGCAAUUGCCUGAUAAUCUGCGAUCGCGGCGUUAUGGAUGCCAGUGCCUACAUAUCAAAGGAUAAAUGGGAAAAGAUGAUGGCGGGCAACAAGUGGAAUCCGGUGGAGAUGCGUGACAAUCGCUACAACCAAAUCCUGCACCUGGUUUCGGCUGCCAACGGCGCCGAGGACUUCUACUCCACAGAGGACCACGCCUGUCGCUCGGAGGGCGUUGAUUUGGCCAGGGAACUGGACUACAAGUCCGCGGCCGCCUGGGUGGGCCAUCCCUACUUUGAUGUGAUCGACAACUCCACCAACUUCGAGACCAAGAUGAAUCGCAUGAUCGAGUCUGUGUGCCAGAAACUGGGCAUUGAUAUUGGCGACCGUUUGCAGGCCACGUCGCGCAAGCUGAAAUAUUUGGUGGCCCUGCUGCCGCCGGACAGCGAGUUUCCGCCCUUCCAGGAUUUCGAUGUCGUGCAUCAUUAUCUGCAAUCCGCCGGACCCAAAGUGCAGGCGCGUCUACGCAAGCGCGGACAGAAGAACCACUGGAGCUACAUCCACACGCAACGGCGUCCAAACGUUCACGGGCAGGCCCGCAUUGAGGUGAAGACGCAGCUGACGCAUCGUGACUACAUGAACUUGCUGGCGCAGCGUGACGAUGCUCACUUCACCAUCUACAAGAAGCGCCGCUGCUUCCUCAUCAACAACCAAUAUUUUCAGCUUGAUAUUUACAAGGAGCCAGGCCAUCCACGCUGCAAGGGAUUGGUGCUUUUGGAGACGUAUUCAUCGCUCACCGGAGAUGCCCUAAAGAACUGCAUGCCCAAGUUCCUGAAUAUUGUUAAGGAGGUGACCGGCGAUCCGGACUACUCCAUGUUCAAUCUAUCGCUCAAGGAGGACUGGAGCACCACCAAGAAGUUUUGCCGAUCGGCGACGCACGUUAAGGGCGCCGCCAAUGGAGUCUCGAGCACGCCGUUGCUCCUCAAUGGUCAGUAGGCGUCCGAACUGUCCCUGAAUCUCUUUUGCACACGCAUGUUUACACGGCAAAAGCAAGUUAUAAGAACACCAAUGACCUGGCAACAAAAUGUACAAAAAAAAUCUUACAAACCGAACGGAUGUCGUUCCCAAGCCAUCAAGCAAUCAGAGCUUUGGCCAACAUCCCCUCCCCUAAACAAAAA